GAUGAUUCAACAUGUGUUCCUCUUGGAGAAAACAAGGACUACAUCAACGCUAGUUAUAUUAAAAUAGUCAAUUCUGGAGAAAUAUUAUUAUAUUGCUACCCAAGGACCACUGCCAACUACCACAAAUGACUUUUGGCAAAUAGUUUUGGAAAAUAACUCUAAUGUUAUUGUCAUAAUAACCAGAGAGGUAGAAGGUGGAGUUAUCAAAUGCCACCAUUACUGGCCCGUUUCUAUGAAGAAACCUUUGGAACUGAAAAAUUGUCAUAUCUUCCUGGAGAACUACCAGAUACUUCAAUAUUUCAUCAUUCGAGUAUUUCAAGUUGUCAGGAAGUCCACAGGAGCUAGUCACUUUGUAAAACACUUGCAGUUCACCAAGUGGCCAGACCAUGGCACUCCUGCCUCAGCAGAAGGUUUUAUAAAGUAUGUUCGUUAUGUGAGGAAGAGCCACCUUACAGGACCCAUCAUCGUUCACCGCAGUGCUGACGUGGGCCGGACAGGGGUGUUCCUAUGUGUGGAUGUUGUGUUCUGUGCCAUUGAAAAGAACUUUCCAUUCAACAUCAUGAAUAUAGUGGGCCAAAUGAGAGAACAACGUUAUGGAAUGAUCCAAACAAGGAGCAGUAUAUCCUUUGUUAUAAAAUUGUGCUUCAAGUUCUUCAGAAGCUUCUGACUUUAAAGUAAGAAAGACUUCUGUUGCUUCACACUUGAAAUUACCAAGUGUCUUGGC